AUGAAUACGACGAAUGAAAUAACUAAACCAUUAAUUUUUUGUCUUGAUAAAUCGAAUAAUUCAAAUUUAAAACAACAUCUUUGUAAUUUUUCUACACGAUUUUUUAAUGAUGGUAAAUAUUUAAUAAAAAGUAUAUUAUUAAAUAAAACGGCUGAGUUUCAUCCAUCAGCACUUAUAUUUACUGGAGAUUAUAAUUCAAUUAAAGAAAUUCUUACAAAUCAACAUUGUCAUUCAAUAAAAAUAUUUAUUUUUUGUCAAAAUUUUACAAGACAAAUUUAUGAACCACUUAUCAAUGAAUCAAAAUCAAUUGAUCAUAUUAUUGGAUUAUUUACAACAAUUGACGAUUUAAAAGAUGCACUUGAAGAUAUUUUAAUUAAAACAACACAUGAUCGACAACUUAUUCGUUUUAUUACUGGUUAUUUAGAACCAUAUUUAUGGUAUGAAUUUUUAAAAGAAACAUCAUUUAAAAUUGAUACAGAUCUUUCAAAACAAUCAAUUGAUAUAUCUAUAGUUAAUAGACAAAUUGAAUAUGAUCCAUUAAUUACUUUAUAUACACUUCGUUCAUCUAUUCGUAAUUUAUCACAAAGAAAAAUUUCAAGUAAAAAAAUUUUCUACGGAAAUGUAAUAAAAAAGAAUUUAAUUGAAAAACUUCAAUCAAAUAUAAAUAAUAUUAUAUCAUUUAAUUCAUUUGUUCAUCUUCAAGGACAUAAUCGAAUACAAGAUGCUCGUCAUCAAUCAAUUCAAUGUUGUUCUCGUCGUAAUGAUGAAGUUUCAAUUAUUUUUGAACUUGAAUCAGCUGAUCAACCAGCAUUUAAAAUUAUUCGAGUUUUUAAUUCUAAUAAUGAUACUAAUUUAUGGAUUGUACAAUUAAUUGGUACACGUGAAUGUGUAAAAUUAUCUAAACAAUUUUCAAAUAUUAAACGUACUAAUAUUACAUUAACUCAAUGGCAACAACCAGAAAUUUUAUUUGGACAAAUUUUAAUUGAAAUGAAUGAAAUUGAUAAAGCAUAUACAUAUUUUUUUCAUAUAUUUAUUAAACAAUAUGAUCAACUUGAUAAAAUUUAUACAAAAGCUAAUCAAUUAUGGCAAAAUGAUAAAAAAUAUACAGAAGCUGUUGCACAUAUUGCAACUGAAUUUCAACAAAUUAAAUCAAUAACUUCAUCAGAUAAGACUGUAAAUAAAGAAAAAGACGAAUUAACUUAUUUUGAAUCAGAAAUCGAUUCGACAUGGGAAACACCAAUUGCAUUACAAGAUACUAAUAAAAUAAACGAUCUUUUAACACCAAUAUCCUAUCAAGUGGAUCAAGUGUUAACCAGUGGAAAUCUAUUAAAACAAUUAAACUCAACAUCUACAAGUCGAUGUUGUUUUCUGCUUUGA